UGUCUGUCCUGUGUGAACAGUGCCUUCCGCUGCCAUUGGUGCAAGUACCGUAACCUGUGUACCCACGACCCUUCCAGCUGCUCCUUCCAAGAGGGACGCGUCAACGCCUCCGAGGUAUGUACCGUACACUCUCUCUCUCUCUCCCUCCCUCCCUCCCUCCUGUCAGCCUGAGGGGCAUGUCUCCAAACAGACACAUCUAAGCCCCUCCAUAUUGACGUUUGCCAUUCAAACCCUAUGUAUUUGGUACUAGCAAUUAGAAGUCUAUUAUCAGAGCCUUUUAACACCUCUGUAACAAUGACAUGGGAUGUUUUGACAAAAUCAAUCAGGUUGUUUAUGUGUAUAUGUGUAUGAGUGGCACAGCGUGUGUGUGUGUGUGGUGUGUGUGUUCUAUGAUAGAGAUUCCACUGAUGUUGGCUGCUCACACCCUGCUGUGUGACAGUGGUUAAGGAGUGUGUUCACCUAUCGGGGUGUAAAGCAACACAUUGAUCUGUAUGCCUGAGAGAGAGGAUAGACUACUGCUGCAGAAGAGAUGAGGACAGUUGCCUCUCUCUCUCUUCACACUUCCCUUUUCAAAUACACCACAGAGACCUACUGCGGCAGCACUGACUGAUUCACAGCACACACUCUCUCUCUCUCACACACACACACACACACACACACUUACUGAUACACACAUACAUACUGCUGUAGCUAUUAUUGGCCUCCCCUCCCCCCAGCGUGUUAUGAUCCUGCAGAUUUUUCCUCCGGCUGUCAGUUGUCAUCAGGCGCAAAGCACCGGCAGCCAUUUUAGAAGACUGACCAUCUGAAGUGAUCCUAUUAUGUGAGGCUUUGGAGUGGAAGAAGUGGAGCAGCCAACACUCUUCAGCACCAGCCAGGAAGGGAUGCCCGUAUGACCCUGUUUGACCCUGCUGUUGCCUCCCCUCUCCCUCCACCACUUCCCCUGUCAAGGGUUUUUGAUCUCUCACAUACCAAGAGAACACUAUUUUACCCAGCUGGCCUUGCUGUGUCUGUUCUUCUGUUGUUGUUAUAUUUAUUUAUUAUAUGUUAUAUACCUUUGACCCUCCCAUCCCCCCUCUCCAGGACUGUCCUCAGCUGGUACGUUCGGAGGAGAUUCUGAUCCCGGCUGGGGAGGUGAAGCCCAUCACCCUGAAGGCCCGGAACCUCCCCCAGCCCCAGUCAGGCCAGCGGGGGUACGAGUGUGUCCUCCACAUCCAGGGGGUCAGCCACCGAGUCACCGCCCUGCGCUUCAACAGCUCCUCUGUACAGUGUCAGAACAGC